CGCUCAUCGGCGGGAAUGGCGGAGACCGUUCGUUCGCUCUUUGACUACCGGGAGCCGCCGCCGCCGCUGGACAGCAACGGAGAGAGCAGCAAACCGCCGCCGCCGCGAGGGUGAGGGAGUAAACAGACGCUAGAAAAAAACGCGGCUGUGGAAGGAAAAGAAAAGGGACACCAGUGAAGGUGUGCGACAGAGUCUUUGCUACAGAGGAUGAAGAGGAGAGCAUGUCAGAGAACAGCUAUGGACCAGAGAAAGGUGAUGGUCAUGAGGACAAACACAGAGUGCCUGCUGCUGAUGGACCGUACUAUGAAACACAAUCUGCUCAGCUCUGUGAGAGUGAGGAGGGUUCUAGCGGAGAGAGAGGUGCAGUCUCGUACCCCCCAUCACCAAACUGCCGCAUUCGUGAAGUGCACUGUGGAAAUCAAGUGCGACUGAUUGUCAUAGCGAUCCGCGACAUCACAAAGGGGGAGGAGAUCACUGUGGAUUACAGUUUGACCGAGUGGGGAGAAAACGCUACAGGUUUCCAUGGCACUGUGCCUCCUAGUAGCUUUGAUUGCAGCUUGGACCACGAGAGCAACAUUAAGAAGGAGGAAGAGUCCGGCCCAAUUUCACUUUCAGCAUCAGAAUACCUCACACCUUCUUGGUCUCUCUCUCCUUCCUCCUCUCCUCUGUCUCACUCGGAACCCAGUGAUUCAGACCUGGACUCGGACGAUGCCAAUGGAGAGACACGCAUGCGAACACUUCACCGUCGCAAGAGGCACAAAGCCCUGUCCUCUUCUGCUGCACAUGCUAAGAGAAAAGCACUUCAGCGCCCCCCCAGCCAUCCUCCCCCUUUUCCACACUCCCUCCCGUCCUCGAAACUGCAGCCCGCUGCUCCCUCCAGACCUGUGUUUAAGUGCCCGCUGCCUGCAGGAGUUGCUGCUAAUAGUGUCAAUGUGUCAGUGGGUCGUGGGCAGAGCACCGUGGCACAGAAACAGCGAUGUGUUUACUGUGGCCGUCACUUCCGAUCUCUCCCACGGCAUCUGGAAAAACACCACGCCCACCAGCCGGAUGUGCGCACUGUCCUGGAGCAAGCACGCACCCCUGGUGACCCUACUUGUGUACAAUCGUGUCUCCCAUCAUCCAGCAAACAGUCCCAAUGCCUACAAAUGACUCCUGUGCCAAGUGUACUUGUCAUAACACCACAGUCACCUCCAGCUUGUACUUUGUCUCCAGUCAGAAGGAGCCCUGCCCUCUCUAGCCCUACUCGCAAAAGUCCUGCUCCAGCGACUCCUCCCAGAAGAGGAGGUGUUCCCGUGUCUGUCUUAAAGAGGAGCCCACCUACUCCUUCUACUCCUUUGAGAAAAGGAGGUCGAAAAAUGAAAAAGGAUAAAGAGGAGGUAGAGAAGAUGAAAGAAGAGGAACUGCCCACUCCAGUCUUUGUGGAUCUUGUUAAGGAGUCAGAACCUUCGAAAGAAGAAAGAGAGGACAAUGGAGGGAGAGAAGAAGAAAGCGGAGCAGAGGAUAAGACAGACCUAUCAAGUUUGCGUCGUCCCCACAUGCUCCCGCUUCUUUCCUCCCUUUCCUCCCUGGUGUUGUACCUGCGACGGCUGCAGCACUCUGCCUUUAUUUCUCUGUCCCGCUCACCCCAGUCAGCCGAGGCUUGGCGUCUCCUCUGUCACUCCAGCCUGGCCCUUCUCAUUCUUUACAAUCGCCGCCGUGAAUGUGAAGUCUCCAAACUGACAAUCUCAGAGUACCAGGCCCGAGUCACACCCCAGUCCCCCAUCCCCGUGCAGCCUGGUGCCCCGCCAACUCUAACCCCACUGGAGGCCUCGCUCUCACCCUUCGAGCGGAUGGUCCUCCCUCAUCUCCCUCGUGUCGGGGUCCAAGGCAAGCGUGGGCGAGUACAGCCGCUCAUCCUCCCUCCACACUCAGAGGCCUGUCUGGAGAUGCUUUUGCAGACUCGUGCCGGGGUGGGAAUCGAUCCACAGAACCCCUAUGUGUUUGCCAGACCGUUUCAUUCGCCAGCCACUCCCCUGCGCGGGACAGACUUACUACGUAGUUUGGCACGGUCCAGCGGUUCACGGCACCCCCGGGCACUGACGCAGACACGCGUUCGCAGACAGGUGGCGAUACUCACGCAGCUGUUGUUGUUAAGUGAGGGUGAGAAGGAAGGACAGCACGGUGCUGCCAUACAGCGAUUGGAGAGCUUCUUGCAGAAGGAGUAUCACGUGACUCAAAGCUGUGCAACCAUAGGUCAAGACCCUGGGCUGAUGGGUCUGAUCGGUCGGGUGGUUCUUUGCGGAGAGAGAGACGGCGUCUUGUUCCGAGGAAUGAGUUUACAUCACAUCUGUCUGGAGUUAGACGUGUUGUCAGGAAACUCUGCCGACUCGCUGUCAGAGGACUCCGAUGUUGAGCAGAGUAAAGAGAAACCAGAAGCAGCAUCUCCUGCAACCACCAUUGUGAUGAAGAAAACCACGAACAACGGCAAAUCUCCCCGGCCCAAGAAGAUGAACAGCUCCUUGCUCUCAGCGGGACGCAAAAAGGCCUCAGGACAGCCCAAACCCGGUAAACGUGGUGUGCUGAAGAGGCCUUGGUCUGAGGCGGAGCGGGCAGCUGUCGAGUCCCACCUGGUGCAAAACAUCAUGGAGCUGCGAGUGCCGGCCAAAGCAGACUGUGAGCGCUGCCUGGAGCUCUGCCCCCUGCUGGUCACCAACCACCGGGACUGGAGGGCUGUGAAAUUCUACUGCCACAACCGUAUACAGCUGCUCAAGAAAACCCAGCAGAGACAGGGUCCUCUCGCCCUGUCUGUCUGCUGAGGCUGCUGGGAAGGGUCAGAUGUGUAAGGGAGGCAGUGCGAGGGAAAACAUUGACAUGGUGCAGUCACGGUAAACACUUUACAAAUGCUUUAAUUAAUACGAUGUUGUGCGUGGUUUGUGUCCGGUGUGUAAACGGUAAAUAUUACCACUUUGGGAGGCAGACAGAAAUGCACAUUUGUUGGGUACUUUUCCAACUAUGAAGAAAGAACACUAAUUUUUCUGUCUGCAGAUGAACAGUAUGUUUUUUUUCUGUUGCUGGCUUAAAAGUAGAUGACCAUUUUUGACCGGCUGUGAGUCUGAAUGGCUUUGCUUUCACUUUGGCCAUGCUUCUAUCUCUGCAGCGACAGAGAAACAGGCCGACUGAGCAACUUGUGCCUUGAUGGGAGUCAAACCUCAAUUUCAUUCACAUUCGUGAAAUUUUUUCUGUUAUUUACAAAUUUCGCAAUUUCUCGUGAAAUGAAGGAAUACGCAUAAGAAAUGGGAUUGAACAAAAAGUCAUCCGAGUCCAUUUAUGCCUACCAUCUUUGCUCAUUAAAAUGUUUUAAAGAGUCCCUAAAGACCAACCUGAAUUGAAAGGUUUUAUUUAAAAUGUCUUUUUUGGGAAUGUCAUAAAUCCCUACCAGCCUUUAAAGGCUUUUUUAAUUAAAUAGUUCUGUCCUCAUUUACAGCAUUCAUGUUGUCAAACCAGUAUGACUCUCCUUGUUCAGUAGAACACUUUGCACUUGAAUGCACUUGUCUUUUGCAAUUCCAAUAAAAAUAUGGUAUGGCAUCAGCAUCUAGUGCACAGAUUCAUAUGGAUGACAUUUCUCAUCAUUCUUCAGAAUUCCUGCUUUUGUGUUCCACGGAAGAAAGUCAUACAGGUUUAAGAACAUGUGAAGUAGGAUUUAUUUUGGGGUUCUUUUAUUUCAAUGCAUUAAAGUGAUCUGUUGGUACUGUAGCUUGUUCAGCAUUGAAAAAAACACCUAUCUGUCUUUUACUGUAGACAUGGACAUGAAUGAGUGAGCAGAUGAGUUUGGUUCACUUGUUUGCAUUGUAUUCAUCCAUCAAAUUCAUAUCGAAAUUUAAACUGUGUAUUGGAAAAACACAUGAUAACCACACGUAACACCUCAGUUUAUACUUUUUAUAUAUCUAUAUAUUUUCUGUUUUGUUAACCUUUGUUCUUUCAAACUUUGCAAUGUAUAUAUGUACGCGCACAUAUAUAUUGUUGUUACUGUUAACAGUGGUAUUGUUAUUACUAUUAAAUCUUACUGUGGUAAGUGUUUUUUUUCCAUUUCCACUUCAUGUACAUACUGAAUGUAAAUAUUUGCAGAAAAAAAGAGCACGAUGUGUAUAUAUAGCGUAGGCAAGACCAACUUGUUUUUGUGUUGUCUCUGUGUUUUUUAAGUUGUCUGAAACGAUAAUAAUAAAAAAUGUUUUGUUUGUUA